GACAUCAGCAGGAGGAGGAGGAAAACAGCAUCCUUCAUCAGACCGAGAGGAGAGAGGAAGAGGACAGCAGGAAACACGAAGAAGAAGAAGAAGAAGAAGAAGAGACGGGACAAGCGACACCGAUACAGACAGACAGACAGACAGAGAGAAACAAGCAGGAGACCGUAACGUCCUCUGGGCCUGAAUCAGUGUGUGCGUGUUUGUGUGUGUGUGUGUGUGUGUUUGUGUAUGUGUGUGUGUGUGAUCAGCUGAUUGGAACACACGUCGGUGGGUGGAGCCAUGAUGGGGAAGGAUUACAUGUUGGCCAUCAUCAUAGUCAACUAUGACGACAACAUCUGGACUGACCAGAACCUGCUGCUGGACCCUGAUCUUCCCUCUGGCUGGAGAACCAUCAAAGACUCCACAGGAACGUACUACUGGCACGUUCCCACCGGCACCACCCAGUGGCAGCACCCUCGCCUUACGGGGACACCGCAGCCGCUGGACACUCAGCAUGAGGAGGCUGCAGAGCAGAGCUCCAACAAAGAGACAGACGGACCGCCUGAGGACAGGUCGUCAUGGCAUGAAGAUGAUCUGAGCAACCACGACCCCGACACAAAGUGUUUUGCGGUGCGUUCGCUGGGCUGGCUGCAGGUGGAGGAGGAGGACCUGUCUCCGGGUCGCAGCAGCCUGGCCGUCAGUAACGUCAUCCAGCAGCUGUCUCACUGCAGCGGCCCCGAGCAGAGAGACAGGCUAGGAGCCUGGGGGGAGGGUCGGGAGAUGAAGCUGGUUUUGAAGAAGGACACUUUGACCCUGUUGGAUCCUCUAGACCACACCCCCCUCCACUGUCAGCCAAUCAUCAACAUUCGUGUCUGGGGAGUGGGCUGCAACAAUGGCAGGGACUUCGCCUUCGUUGCGGGGGAUAAGGACAGCUGCAUGCUGAAGUGUCACGUGUUUCGUUGUGACGCUCCGGCUAAAGCGAUCGCGUCGGCGCUUCAUGAAAUGUGUUCAAAGAUGAUGUCAGAGAAGACGUUGGUGAGGCCAUCUCGCUCUCUGACCAUGGAGAGCAUCUCACCUGAAGACCUGCCCAGACAAGUGGAGUUCCUGGAGGCGGUGCGGCAGCAGGUCCAGAAGUUUGAGGUCCAGUACAUUGGGAACCUGCCAGUGUCCAGAGCCAUGGGUAUGGAGGUGCUGAACCGGGCCAUCGAAAGCAUCAUGAACUCGACGGACCGCGACGACUGGGAGCCGACGGUGAUCCACGUCACCGAUAAUGUGCUGUCGCUGUGGAAGGGAGAGGACGGCGACGAGCCCUUCUGGGAGUGUCAGGUGCGAUUCCUCACCUUCCUGGGCGUCGGCCAUGACAGCCACACCUUCGCCGUGAUUGUCGAUGGCGGAACGCAGCGGUUCGAGUGUCACGUGUUCUGGUGCGAACCACACGCAGGAAUCAUCUCAGAGGCCGUGCAGGCGGCGUGCAUGGUUCAGUACCAGAAGUGUUUGGUGGCUCAGACUCCGCCUCCGAGGACCAAAUCGUGGCGUGCGGCCCCAUCUAAGGUCAAGCGAGCCAACUCCAUGGACGGCGCCGCCUUCCCCCCGCUCUCAUCCCGUCUCCAUGGCAGCGGCAGCAGCUCCGCCAUGAUGGCGUCCAGGAUGACGAAGGGGAACGGCGGCAGCGUGAGGAAGGGCAUGAUGGCCUUCUUCGAAACUUUUCGCAACAAACAGGCCGCCACGUCCUAAUGGUGGGUGGGGCUACUGGGGCCGGACUCACAGGUGCUGCUCAGGACAGCGUCUGAUUGGCUCUGGUGGUCCGACCGGCUGAUUGACAUCACCAGCAACACCAAAGCCGACGCCCACCGAGGAGCUGGCCCGCCAUGAUGUCAGUCUCACCUGUUUGUGCUGCUGAGCUGAACAAUGAAUGUCUGCAGGUUACCGGAUCCAGAGCUUCAAGAAGACCGAUCAAUAAUCAGCCGAUCAAUACCUUGUCUGUUUACAGAUGGACGUAAAGGAAGCAGCUCAGGACUGAGGGACUGUAAAUGCAUGUUCUUGAAGGAGGUUAACAGGAGAAUGAUACUAAACUUUAUUUUAAAAAAACGAUUGUCUCCCCUAAAAACAGAAACAUAGAAAAAUGUAGAGAAGAAGAAGAAGAAGAAGAAGUUCCUCAUCCUGGCUGUCAGAUCUGUUUCCUGUUUGUUCUACUUCAAGCUUCGUAUGUAGAAAUGCAAUAAAGCUGCACUGACACAUUCUGACCACCAGGAGGCCCCAAAAAUACUAAAUACACGGAACAUACUAAACAUACAGUACACACUAAAUGUACAGAACAUUCUAAACACAUAGAACAUACUAAACACAUAGAACAUGCUAAACACACAGAACACACUAAACAUGUGGCUUUAGUGAGUCUCCUGUUUCCUGUCAUGUGACGGGAAACAGUUGUCAUGGUUACCGUUGUUCAUGUGAACGCAACAGUUUGCAUGUUGUGAGGAACAGAAACAUGCAUAAACCUGUAAACAUGUAUGUUCUCUGUCCUGCUGCCACGUGAACAAUCUGAAGAUGUCCAUCAAAGCCCCGCCCACAGUGAGGACAGCUGCCUCCUGAUUGGCUGAAGCUGCUAUAGAUAGAAACCGUGGUGUGUUUAGUGUCCGUAGGAAGAUGUGAAACAGAAACUCUGAGAAACUGUCGCCGUCUUUCUGUUUCUGCAGUAAAACUUUGGCACAAACCAACGAAUGAUGUCAUGUAUAAAAGAAUCAAAAAUAAACCCAUUAAACUCC